AUGGAUGACAAUGUAGAGUACUUAGGAGGUGAUUUUGAAACAGUUUAUGGUCUUGAUGUGGAUAGAUUUGGUUACUUCGAUUUGGAAGAGCAAAUUCAAAAACUUGGGUGUACCACGUGGACAAAUAUAUAUUACAGAAUUCCCAGAGUGAAUGGUAAACAAGCUUUGAGGGUUUUGGUUGAUGAUGUGGGUGUGAUGGAACUGAUUGCUCAUUCUUCAAAACAUAAAUCCAUGAUUGAGAUUUAUGUGGAUGGGGGAAAUGAAUUCCAGUGUACUGAGGUUCAUAAUGUUGUUGGUGAAAAGAAUUGUGAGGGUAGAGGGGCCUCAGAGGUACUUGAUGAGCUUUGUGAAGAAAACAUUGAGGGCAGAGGGGCAGCAGCAGAGGUACAUGAUGAUCUUGGUGAAGAAAACAUUGAGGGUAGAGGUAGAAGGGCAGCAUCAGAGGUACAUGAUGAGUUUUUUGAACAAAACAUUGAGGGUAGAGGGGCAGCAUCAGAAGUACAUGAUGAGGUUGUUGAACUUGAGCACUACAUUGAUAAUUACAUGCCAGAUGAAGAAGGUGCAACAGGUGAAGAAGGUGCAGAUGAAGAAAGUGAAGAUGAAGAUUACAUGCCACAAGGUGAAAGCUCUUCUGAGGAUGACCUUAAUGAUGAAGCCAUUGCAUCUGAAGAUGAGGAGUACAUUGAAGCAAGAAAGAACAUAAAAAAGUAUAGGAAGAGUCCACAUCAUGAUGGUAUAUCAGAAAGUAGGCUCAACCAAUUUACAAGCACUGGACUUCAAGCAGACCCUGUACCAAAACCACCAAAGAACAAGAGGGGGAGGCCAAGGAAGGUACCAGCAGGACCUGUCAUUGAACCAGUUGGAGGUGUGUCAAGUAGCACUAUAUGUGAACCAGAUGGAGGUGGAUCAAAUAGGAUCAGUAGAAAGACUUCAACAAGAUCCAAGAAGAAGCAAUCUAGUAGGACAAUGUCAGCUGGAAAGGGUAUUCACUUUAUACCCUCAAGAAAAUCAACUCUGAGUACCAAAAAUAAAGGCAAAAGAAGUGGAGAUAACAGUCAAGAAGCUGAAAAUAUUGGGACUCAAGAAAGUGUGGCAGAAGCCUCAUAUGUAUAA